ACGGCACCCGCCGCCCCGCCCGGGAUAAAAGCCGCGGUGUUCCUAGGCCGAGGUGGAUUUGUGCUCGGUUGCUUGGCGGCGCUGUCAGGCGCGGGGCAUGGCGACCGCUGCGGCCAGGGCGGGGGACGAGGCGGCCGGAGCGGGCUUAGUAGUCAACUGGUCAGGUCAAGGGUUGCAAAAACUGGGUCCAACCUUACCCUGUGAUGCUGAUACUCAGACUCUGAUUCUGGACAAAAACCAGAUAAUUAAAUUGGAACACUUGGAAAAAUGCAGGAAUCUGAUGCAGCUCUCUGUAGCCAACAACCGUUUGGUGCGAAUGAUGGGUGUGGCAAAACUGACGAAGCUCCGGGUGCUCAACUUGCCUCAUAAUAGCAUUGGGUACGUGGAAGGACUGAAGGAUUUGGUGCACCUGGAAUGGCUAAACUUGGCAGGAAAUAACCUUAAGGUCAUUGAACAAAUCAGUUCCUGUCUGUCUCUUCAGCAUCUUGAUUUGUCAGACAAUAACAUAGCUCAAUUAGGUGAUCUCUCCAAACUGACAUCACUGAAGACCCUGUUGCUACAUGGAAAUAUUAUAACUUCACUUCGCACUGCCCCUGUCUGCCUGCCUCAGAGUUUGACUGUUUUCUCUUUGGCAGAAAAUGAAAUCAGAGACUUAAAUGAGGUCUCUUUCCUGAGUUCUCUUCGUCAGUUGGAACAGCUGUCGAUUAUGAACAAUCCUUGUGUGAUGGCCACACCUUCUGUCCCUGGCUUUGACUACAGGCCUUAUAUUGUCAGCUGGUGUCUGAACCUUAAAGUUCUUGAUGGAUAUGUGAUUUCUCAGAAGGAAAGUUUGAAAGCAGAAUGGCUCUACAGUCAAGGUAAAGGAAGAUCAUAUCGACCUGGGCAGCACGUUCAGCUCGUUCAGUACUUGGCUACUGUUUGUCCUCUCAUAUCUGCCUACGGACUCCAGACUGAAGAGGAUGCCAAACUGGAAAAAAUACUGAGUAAGCAAAGACUCCACCAGAGGCAGCUGAUGCAUCAAAACCAAAAUGAGGGACCACCUACAUCUGCUUCCAGCAAAACAGUGCCAGUUGCACAUGAACACAGCAGUCCAGCCCAGCCACCACAGGUGGUUCUUCAAAGUGAACCUGUCAUCCAGAAGAAUUCUUGGGUUGGACCAAGUGCAAACAGUGAUCAUUCCUAUGCUGCAAAGAACACUUGUCCCCUUGAAAGAAGCUUUCACAAGGAUCUAUACCUUGAAGAUAUACAGACAGAUGAAGACAAACUAAACAGCAGCCUUUUAUCCUCAGAGUCUACUUUCAUGCCAGUUACUUCAGGAUUGUCUCCAGUGUCUCCUGCUUCAGACGUGAAGUUACGUGGAAUCAGUUUGGGCCUAGGAGAUGAUGAUGAUACAGUGAUUGAAUGUGUGAAGGAUGUUAAUAGUAGAGAAACAACUAACAAGCAAAAAGCUUCGUGUGUUACAAGAGAGCACACAAACAGAGCAGUAGGAAGUGUGGAAACGCAAGAGAAGGUCAAAGAGGUUGUGGCGUUGCCUUCUCCUGACCCAGCAGCAGCUGGAGUGGCUGCUAAUACCAGCAACUGCUCAUUGUCCUCUGAAGACCAUCUUCUUCAUAGUCACCCCAGCACCUUGUUAGGUGCUAAAUCAGGAGUGAAAACUCUCUGUCCUGAGCAGAUGACAGGAGAAACUUCUGAUUCAUUAGCUGUUGUUGACCAAGGUGCAGCUGAACUGCAAAGGAUGGCCAAAGCAGCUACCAAGCUUCAAGCUUGCUGGAGAGGAUUUUACACGAGGAACUACCAUCCUCGAGCCAAGGAAGUGCGGAACGAAAUUCGACUGCACAGAAUGCAGGAACACAUCAUUUGCCUAACUCACGAAAUCGAAAAACUAAGAAAAGAAAGAGAGGAAGAUAAGAUGCAAAGGCUUGUACAGGAGGAAGCUGUCAGAUUUCUUUGGAACCAGGUUAAAUCCCUUCAACAAUGGCAGCUUUCAGUGAUGCAAACUUUAGGUGCUACUGGGACCCCUUCAGCCAGUAUUUUAUGCUUAUCCAAACCACCUAUUCAGUCAUCCACACUUGAGCAAGAAGCCCCCCCAGAUGUUAAUUCUGCUUUGUUAGUUUCAGCUAGUGAUGAUCUUCAGGAGAAGUCCUUGUUGCAAUUCCCAGAUUCUGGUUUUCAUUCUUCUGCAGCUGAUCAGACUCACGCCAGUGAUCUGUGCAGUUCUGAAAAGAGCUUAGCUGAAGAAACAGAGAGCUCUCUCUCCAUGGAAACUGUCAAGCAAUGUGGCACUUCUCUUUCAGCAUAUUCCUCAGAUGUAGAGGAUGGCCAUGGGGAAGGUGGGCAAAGUAAAGAGAGCUCUAGUAAUGAGCAGGACAACGGACUAAUACAACAGUAUUUGAAAUCUGUUCAGCAGCUGGAAGAGGCUGAUGAAGUGACAGAUUGCAAUGAGGAAAUGGAGGGCAGCUGUCCACAAGUCGCUGUUUCAGCAGAAAGCCAGGAUUCUUCAUCUGACACUAUCUCUCUAGAUCUCCCUCAAGAUAGAUCUUCCCCUAUCCAAGGUUAACUUCUGGUGCUAUGGUGUCAUUAAAAUCAACUAGUGCUGUUUUAAAGUGACUCUUAUGGCCACAUUACCAGGUAAAAUAAUUUAGUGUUUGUAAAAGCUUUGGUUGCUUGUCUACUUCAGGUUCUGAGCUGAAAUUUGCCACUGCUCAGGAGUUUGGUAUGAGGCCAGCAUCUGCUUGAGGCCUUAAAAUAGCCUUUAUGUAGAACAUAAAUGGUGUAUUGGACUGGUACCAGCCAUCUGCCCUGUGGUGAAAGUUCACCUUGGAAGAAUAAAGCUUGCCUCUGUGUACAGAGCAGCCAUCAUCUGUUUUUCCCUAUCCCAGAAAAAAUUCUAGAGCACUAACCUCUCGAAAGAGCUGUCACUGCAGUCAGGCUGACAUUUGACUGUGCCUUGCAUACAUGGUAACAUUUAAGAAAAAACCCCAAGUAACUGAGUUGAUAGGUUCUUAAUGGGCUAUCUCUCUGCAUUUCGUUACAGCACAUUUGUAGCAUACCCGUAUUCAUAAUCAGAGCACAAUUGUGCUUGGGUGCUGAAAGUGGUACAGGUGCAUUAAUGUAUCACAACAUCUAAGUAGUUGUGCAAAGAAGUGUGAUAGUCCACAUGAUUGUAUCCUUGCCCUCUGAAAGUUCUGAACUUGGGUUUAAAUCUGUCAUGCUUGGGGAUCUGCAGUUCAUGGGACUUGGCUCUUUGACUGUCAACGUGUUACAUUAAGAACAAAUCCCAUGUAAACCUUUAAAGGGAUUUUCUUUGGGUUUUGAGAGUUAAAUUAUUUCAGUCUGUGAGAUAGUUGUUGGACCUUACACUCCAGAGGCAGUGGUUAGAUGUAAUCUCUUUUAUGGUAGAAUGUUUUAUUUGCAUUUGCAAGACCUGGGAGAAACUAGACCACUGCCUGGAUAAAAAUGUUUCAUUUACUGAAGACACUGAGGGAGCAUAGAUAUUUUGCUAUUUUGUAUUGUCACUUUUGCUGCAGAGUCA